GUUGAUUUGUAAACGAAGAUGGUGUUUGGCGUUUGCAUUGUUUUAUUUGAAGAAAUAAAUGUUUUAGUGAAUAAUUUGCACACAAUAUGAACGCAGUUUUUCCGUAAAUGUGUAAAUUAUAUUUGUUUCUAGUACAAUAAGUAUUAAUAAUCAAAUACUGAUUAUUGCUAACUAAUCGAGAAUGCAGGGUGAUGAUCCCCCAUUCCUACCAGUGGGUACUGAUGUGAGUGCCAAGUAUAAGGGAGCUUUCUGCGAGGCCAAGAUAAGAAAAGUUGUUCGCAACAUCAAAUGUAAGGUGACAUUGAAAGCUGGUGGAAUCACAACAGUAAAUGAUGAUGUCAUCAAAGGCACUCUAAGAGUGGGCAGUACAGUGGAAGUUAAACAGGAUCCCAAGAAAGAAGCCAUGGAGGCUGUUAUAACUAAGAUACAAGAUUGUAGUCAAUACACUGUUGUUUUUGAUGAUGGUGACAUUACAACAUUACGUCGAUCUGCACUUUGUCUAAAGAGUGGGCGACAUUUUAAUGAAAGCGAGACACUAGACCAGUUGCCGUUAACACAUCCGGAGCAUUUCUCAACACCAGUUAUAGCUGGACGACGAGGACGCAGAGGGAGAGCACAAUCCGACGAAAGUGAAGGAGAAGGAAGUACUCGACGCGUUAAAGAGAAUAGUGCAGAGAGGGAACCCCACGUAGGUCGUGUGGUAUUGGUUGAAGCGGCGAGUGGAGCUGAAAGACGCCGUCCGCAUCAACCUGCAUUCCCCGCCUUGGUCGUGGCACCUACUGCACAGAUCAAAGUCAAGGAGGACUAUUUAGUUAGGUCCUUCAAAGAUGGAAGAUACUAUACAGUGCCAAAAAAGGAGGCUCGCGAGUUCCGCAAGGGCGCGGCGCCACUGGAAUGGUGCGGGGUGGAUGCAGCCCUACAGUACCUCAAUCAAGGCGUAUUGCCGCCGCAUUGGGACCGCGAUGCACUGUUCAACGAGCCGAGGAACACUUCUGAUGACAGUUCGGAUGACGAGCCUCGAGAAGAAAAAGACCAUUUCGUUGCCCAACUCUACAAGUUUAUGGAUGAUCGCGGUACACCGCUCAACAGGAACCCGACCAUCGCAAACAGAGAUAUCGACCUCUAUAGAUUGUUUAGAGUUGUUCAAAAGUUGGGUGGAUACAACAGGGUAACAAAUCAAAAUCAGUGGAAAACGAUCGCUGACAAAAUGGGCUUUCAUCCUGUAACCACAAGUAUUACUAACCUCUGUAAGCAGGCUUAUAAGAAGUUCCUACACAGUUUUGAAGAUUUCUACCGCAAGCUAGGGGUGACACUAGUUGCUCAUCCGAGAGGGGCUCGAACUCCCCCAGCAGGACGAUCUCUAAUACGAGAUCGCGAUAAACAACCGCCGGCCACUUCCUCCACGUCCGCGUCUGCUUCAUCCACCCCGACUGGCACACCCAGUCAGCGUAAAGAUAAGGACUCUGACAAGAGUGAGACCGAUAAAAGUGAAAAGAGUGAGAAGGAAGAUAAAAUAGAGAAGCCGGAGAAAAAGGAAAAGCCGCGCGCUAGCGAUGAAGAUGAUAGCGCCGAUAACCAGCCACUUGUAACAACUGUUACAACCAAAGUUGAUAAAGAGAAGGAAAAAGAGAAAGAAAAAGAGAGGGAGAGGGAAAAAGAAAAAGAAAGGGAGAAGGAAAGGGAAAAGGAAAGGGAGAAAGAAAGAGAAAAAGAAAAGGAAAAGGAAAAAGAAAGAGAGAGGGAAAAGGAGAGGGAAAAAGAAAGAGAGAAAGAACGAGAAAGAGAGAAAGAAAAGGAGAAAGAAAAGGAGAAAGAAAAAGAGAAAGAAAAAGAGAAAGAAAAAGAGAAAGAAAAGGAGAAAGAAAAGGAUAUAGACAAGGACAUAGAUAAGAAUAAAGACAAAGGCAAGGAACGUCAGAAAGAGAAGUCAUCAAGUCCCAGUGUAGAAAAGACAGUGGUCAAACCUCGCUCGCAGUCAAAAACGCGCAGCUUGCCGCCUGUCAAAGCUGAAUCUCAUGAAAAGCGAACGCCUAAAAGGAAGUCGUUAUCUUCGAAAUUGAGCGAAACGGCUAUGUUCUCUGUGCGUGCGUCUCGCCGCCCGCAUGCAUCUACUGAUAGCGACAGCUCCGGUAGAGCGUCCAGAUGCGGUCCAAUGAAAAAAAUGCAGAGCCGAAGAAGCCAAAGCGCGAACUCUGCCAGUAGCGGUAACACUAUCGCCUCCAACAGUAGCAAAAGGCCGCGCAAAAGGAAAACCACAGAGCCGUCUACAAGUGAGCCCAACCGAUCUGCAAUUUCGAGUGUGAAAGCUCAAGUGGGCGACAAAUUGAAGGUUUAUUAUGGGCCCACACAGUCCGAGUCCAAGGUGACAUACGAGGCGAAGGUAAUUGAGAUUUCGGCAGAAGGCAUGCUUCGUGUUCACUAUACGGGUUGGAACACGCGCUAUGACGAAUGGAUCAAGCCACAACGCAUCGCCAUCAACGUCACACAGCACGAGACACGCAACAAGAAGGGAACCAACCUAAGCAGACGCGUGAGAAGUAAAAGAACGGAGGAAUCGUCAGCACGGUCUGAUACUGACAGUGAUUCAGACAGUGAUGUAAGCGUUAAGCGCCCUCCAAAGAUGUCAGACGACAAGUCCAGUGUUAAGACCCCUUCCAGAUCAAGAGAACCUAAAUCCGGCGACAGAAGUGAUAGCAGCAGCUCAAACAAACCAAGGAAGAGGCCAGUGAGAACUGUGUCUACUCCGUUAGCGACAUCACCAACUAAAAAACCGCGUCUUACACUCCCGGGCCAUCAACACCAAGGACGUGACUAUGAUUUGAACGAAAUAAGAUCGGAGCUAAAAGGUCUUCACUCUGUAAAACAAGAAGCAGACGAACCUAAUAAAACGGAAAGCACAUCAAAAGACCCAAUCGUAAAUCCAACACUGGUAACACAGCCGCUACCUGAAUCCCGACAGCCUGAAAAGCAAGCGGAAGAUGUUUAUGAAUUUAAAGAACCAGAGCCAUUUGAACUAGAACUCCACGAUGAGAAGAAGAAACGGACACAUCGUAUAUUCGACGAUAUUUCUCCAAGUAAAUACACCUCCACUUUGUCAAAAUCUUUAAGCGAAGAGAUAUCAGAAGACCCUUUGAGACCUAGACCAUCGUCAUUCCGAUCCCCAUCUCUAUCACCGUUUAGAGACUACGGAGCUCAAAGGGAUGCUUCAGGGAAGCAGAGCCCUGACGAUGACUACAAAGACGGCUUGUUUUCACUCGAUGAUGACUCAUUGCCAGGCGACGGCAGUUCUGGACCAAUAUUUGAAGGAUUCACUCCAGCUAAAAACCAAGAAACUUAUUCUAAAAAGCGCAAGGUUUCCAAACUUAUGGAAUUAAUUGACGAUUCCCCUGAUAGUCCCGCUGAUGAUGAACAGUCUUCCGAUGAUGAGCCCUCAGAAAAUAUUGUAAAAGUAAAAAUAGAAAGGGAAACAAGUCCAAUUAUACCACUUAUGAAAGAAAGAGUGAAGACCCCUGAGAUUGUUAAAGAAGAGCCUAAAAUUUUGGAACCAGCUAAAGAAGUGAUAAAGGAUGCAAUAAAAAUUCUUAAAGAAUUACCUCUUGUAGAAACCAUACCGGAACCUCCCACCACACCUCCGCCCAAACUCAAACUGGAGCCUUUUAUAAUACAUCUACCUUCUAAUAACUCUAUAGUUGCCGAAGAACCUGAAGAAAAGAAAGACGAGAUAGUUAUCAAAGAUGAUAGUAAAUUAAAAGAAAAGCUAAUAGUUAUACCACUUCCAAAUGUAGAAACGAAAGAACCACCUAUAAUAAAAAUUGAUAAAGUAGAUCCUGAACCCAUAAUUUCAAAAACGGAACCUCCUUCAAGUCCUCUAAUAGAUACAGAAGAAGAUAAAUCAGAACCUGAUAGUCCCGCAAGAAUAGACGUGCUACCCGAACCGCCACCAGGAUUUCUUUUGCAAUCAGAAGGCCCGAAAAUUGCAGAAAAACUACUCAAAGCCAUUAACAGUGCCAAGAGGCUAUCAAUGUCACCACCACCGGUAGAAAAUCGUCCGGUCACGCCGAAAAAAGAUAUAAAAGUACCCGAAAUUACCGAUAAACCUACCAUAUCCCCUAUACCUAUCGAACCGAAGCGGCCUCCUAGCAAAACGGAGGUAUUAAAACCAAUUAACAAACUUGAGCACAUAAGAAGAUUAAGCCCUGCAGAAGUUACUGAUUUAAUAUUCGGUGAACCUUCUAAUUUGACUGAUGUGAAAAAAGAUGCACCUGACAUUAAAAAAAUAAAACCUAAAGAACCGACACCCCCAAGAUUGUUAAGUCCUCUCAAUAUAUUAGAACGACGAAAGAGUAUUGCAGCUGAUUUAACUCUUAGUGCUCCGGGCAAAAAUAAGGUUUUGAGUGAUACAAUACAGAAGUUGUCGAGCCAGAUAAAUCAGUCUGUCACAGCUUCCAGCAUACCACUGCCCCCAUACCCACCUGAAGAUCGGAGUGAAUCAAGUGAUUCAGACGAUUCAGAUAGAAGGUUGAUCAUAGACAAGUUGUCUGUGGAUGAGUGGGCCAGUGGCAGCGGAGGCAGCGGGACCGGCGGUCCACUUAUUGCCACUAGAACACAGGUGACAGUUGCAAGUGCUAGAGCUUUGCACGCGGGGAAAUCCCCGGGAGAAUGGAGCGCUGGGGAAUCGCUACUUAUGCUGGAAGAUGCUUGCAAGAACGAACGCAAGCAUAGUGCGAGCGUGGUUGUGGCGGGCGGAGUGCGAGUAAGCACCGUAUUAACGGUGGCAAACCCACCUACAACUGGACCAGUCGAGGAUGACAAUUGUGUGUCACUGUUGCUAUGCGAAGAAACAAUCCCGGGCUCUCCCGCACCGGACUCGGAGCCCGCACCCCCGACGAGACCGCACCAUUUGCCCUUCGCCAGCGCGCCGCAGCAUCACACGCAGAAUCAUAAUGUAAAUAAAGCCGAGGAACGUCGUGGUUCGGGCGGACAGCGAGAAGCGGGCGAUGACGAGGCGGGGGAAGGCGUUGCGGGGGACGCGGGUGCGGCGGCCGGUGCGGGCGCAGGGGACGUUGCCCCGCGGCUCGCUAGAGAUAGAGAGGUUGACUGGUCUCGACGCCGCGCCUUGCUGGACAACACGCCGCCUACAACGCCGGACAGCAGUUUGGAUCUAUCGCCACACAGGGAACGAAGAAUAUCUGAAAGAGACAGUCCUUCAGAUCGGAAAGAAGAUGAGGACGAUAUUCCUCCACAAGAUCCUAGUGCGCACGAUAUCGACAAACCACAUGGCAGCUCUCGGUCGCGUAAAGCUUCUGAGUCGAGCGGUGCUGGACGAAUGCGAGCGCGUCGCUCGCGGCGUGACACGGACGAACACGCACCCCACUCUUCAAAUGUGUCUCUCAAAUAUAACUUUUAUGUGGAUCUUGAUCCGUCGUGGGACUGUCAGACGCGUAUUAACGUGCUAAGUUCCCGUUUGGUCGAUUUGAGGAAGGCCUACCACUCCGUGAAAGCAGAAUUGGCCGCCAUCGACCGCAGACGCAAGAAAUUACGACGUAAGGAGCGAGAAGCGAUCAAAGCUGCAAAGGCUGCAUGUUCAUGAUGAAAAAAUAAAUCUGCCAGGCGCAGGUUGAUUUCCGUGGAUCCAGUACGGAUGGACUGUAUUUAUUCGUUCUAGAAUAAAUAUUCUUACGUGUAACAUAUUAUGCAGGACAUAAUGACAGAGAGUCUCCUUAAAGACAGAAGCGAUUUGUUUUAAAAGGAAUAUCAACGAAGUAUAUAAUUGGGCAUAAUAUUAUUGCGUUUUUUUUUUAGUCAUACAUUGAUGUAGCAAAGAAUUAUGGUCAUAGAUAAGUAAUCCAAAAUCUUUAAGGCAAAUACUUUUUAGUAGAUCCACCCUUGUCAACAGGUGGGAAAAGGAUAGCAUUACUAAAUGUAAUCUUCAUCUGUGGAUUUUGGGUAGAUUGAUUAUUGUUUUAGGCGUUAGUGACUUGAAAAAGAUUUAUUAAUUUCAUUUUAAUUCAUGAUUUGCUCCAACGUGGCCGUCUUAACUGUUUUACGCUGAUAUAUAGA